CAUGGUUACCAUUCGUCGGCAAGUCUAUAAAAGUCUAUAGGACCAAUAUGACAAUGAAGAUCAACCUGUAUAUUUCAUUAUGAACUGCUUUUCUAAGAAGGGGAAAAUGUGCUUUUUCAUAAUCAUGUGUCGUUAUAUAUUUAUGCAGCUACUUUUUAAUUAUAAAUACGAGAUCUUUCUUCUUUCUCUCUUUUCUUUCUCAUUUUACAUCAUGUCAACCUUUAAGAAUAUACAGCUCGAGACGACACCAAGGGUAUAUUAUCAGCAUUAUAUUACCCAAGACAUUUGUUAUGACCUUUAUCCUAGUCUCUCAAGGCAGCUCAGUAAUGGUUAUCACAUACGAACUGAUCCAACAACAAAUACAAAGAACAUCGACUUCACUUUAAUGAACAUACCCUUUGCUAGACGAAUAGCUUUUACCUAUGAUCCAUUUUGGGAUUUACCAACUGAACGACAAGACGAUCAAUGGGAUCUUUAUCCUGCUAUUCUUCGUAAUGUUGAGAACUUUGGCACAUACCAAAUGCGUCAGAGGCUCCAUAGAAUGCUUCAAGGAGCUUAGUGUAUAUGUACACAUUUCUUCAUAUAAACAUUUAUUUAUUUUUACACACAAAUAUACAAAGCACUCUCUGUUCUUUAUCGUCAAGCUCGACCAAAAGUAUAAGUCUCGGAAGUCCUUAUGUGUCUUGUAGCUGAUUUAUUAACUGGUUUCUUCAACAUUUCAUGAAAUGACCAACGAGAUUGUUUAUAUGAUAGGUGUGAACGAGUAGGACCUGAGUACUGUGCUUGACUGGGAUCUAUGUAAUCACCAUCUCUAUAGACAUUUUCAUAAUAUCGUCGAUCAUGAGACUCAAACUGAGACUGAGAUACUCUUCUCUUUGUAUAUUUAUCAAGUUUAUAAUAGUCAAUGUUGUUUUUAAUUUUCUCAAUGAAGCCCAUUUCUAUAAAAAAAAAUAAAGAAAGAGAAAAAAAU